AGCUGGUCUUCAUACCUUCACCUGGUGACGGCCAUAUCCGGCCAUUAGUGGAGGUUGCUAAGCUCCUUGUCGACCGUGACGACAAUAUCUCAGUCACCGUCAUCAUCAUCCCUCAGAUGCAUGGAUUCAGUAGCGGCAGCUCUACCUCCUACAUCGCUUCUCUCUCCACCGCAUCUGAACCCCGCCUCCGCUACAACGUUCUCUCCCUCGUCGAUGAACCAAACUCCGAUGACCCCAAACAAAACUUCCUCACCUACAUCGAUAACUUCAAGCCGCACGUGAGAGCCACGGUGGAGAAACUCACUGACCCGGGUCAACCUGAGUCGCGGCUUGCUGGAUUCGUGGUGGACAUGUUCUGCACGGCGAUGAUCGAUGUGGCCAACGAGUUCGGCGUUCCUAGCUACCUGUUCUACACCUCCAACGCAACAUUUCUUGGAUUGCAAUCUCAUGUUCAGUAUCUCAACGACGUUAAGAAAUAUGACGUCAGCGAUUUGAAAGAUUCGGACACAACUGAGUUGGAAGUCCCGAGUUUGUCUCGUCCUUUACCAGUUAAGUGCUUCCCCUCCGUGAUGCUAAGCAAGGAGUGGAUACCGUUUUUUAUCAGCCAAGCUAGAAGAUUCAAAGAGACCAAGGGUAUUUUGGUAAAUACGUUUGCUGAACUGGAGCCUCAAGCUAUGAAGUUUUUCUCUGGCGAGGAUAAUCAUCUUCCCAAGGUAUAUCCAGUGGGACCCGUUUUGAACAUUAAAACCAACGGUUUAGAUUCAGCGGACGAUAAGCAGUCAGAGAUCCUACGGUGGUUGGACGAGCAGCCUCGUGAAUCAGUUGUGUUUCUCUGUUUUGGAAGCAUGGGAGGAUUCCGUGAGGACCAAGCAAAGGAGAUCGCUAUAGCCCUAGAGCGAAGUGGUUAUCGUUUCCUUUGGUCUCUCCGCCGUGCGAAGCCAAAGGGAAUGAUGGGACCUCCAGGAGAAUUCACAAACCUUGAAGAGAUUCUCCCGGAGGGGUUCUUGGACCGGACGGCGAAGAUAGGGAAAAUUAUCGGUUGGGCUCCACAGAGCGCCAUACUAGCAAACCCUGCUGUCCGAGGGUUCGUGACGCACUGUGGUUGGAACUCAACACUAGAAAGUAUCUUGUUCGGUGUUCCAAUAGCCACAUGGCCUCUUUACGCCGAGCAACAAGUUAACGCGUUCGAGAUGGUGGAGGAGCUAGGGCUAUCGGUGGAGAUCCGAAACUCUUUCCGAGCAGAUUUCAUGGCGACGGAGUCAGAGUUGGUGACGGCGGAGGAGAUAGAGAGGGGUAUCCGCUGUUUAAUGGAACUGGAUAGGGAAGUGAAGGAUAGAGUGAAGGAGAUGAGUGAGAAGAGCCAUGUGGCUUUGAUGGAAGGUGGGUCUUCACAUGCUUCUAUUCUAAACUUCAUUCAAGACGUCACCAAAAAUCUCUUGAAUGUUCCCGAAUCUUAGAUAAUCUUCCGUUACUCUAUGGCUAUAAUUAUUUUACCCAUUUGGCUUAUUAAAAUAUCUUGUAACGCUAGUUUGUAUCUCUCUAAUAAACAAUCUGUUUAAGAAAUGUGUUAUGUUAUAUA